AUGUUAGCUGUCGGGCAGAUGGAGGCUAACCGGCAGAGUGCUUUCGUCCUGGGCAGCACCCCGCUGGCGGCGUUGCACAACAUGACCGAGAUGAAGACGUCCCUGUUCCCGUACACGCUGCAGCAGGGCCCGGCGGGCUUCAAGGCGCCUCACCUCUCCAGCCUCAACUCUCAUUUAGCCGGAGCGACCCCGCACGGAAUAAGCGAUAUCUUGGGCAGACCCAUCACCGCGGCCGGGCAGCUGCUCUCCGGCUUCCCCAGGAUAAACGGCCUGGCUACCACCGCAGCCGCAGCCGCAGCAGCGGGGAUGUACUUCAGCCCGGCAGUGUCGCGGUACCCGAAGCCCCUGGCUGAGUUGCCGGGGAGGGCGCCCAUCUUCUGGCCCGGGGUGAUGCAGGGUUCUCCCUGGAGGGACCCGCGACUUCAUUGUCCUUCUCAAGCUAGCUUAAUGAUGGACAAGGACGGCAAGAAGAAACACUCCAGACCCACUUUUUCAGGACAGCAGAUUUUUGCGUUGGAAAAAACUUUCGAGCAGACGAAAUACCUGGCCGGCCCAGAGAGAGCCCGCCUGGCUUAUUCUUUAGGAAUGACCGAGAGUCAAGUCAAGGUUUGGUUUCAGAACAGAAGAACCAAGUGGAGGAAGAGACACGCAGCAGAGAUGGCCACGGCCAAGAAGAAGCACGACUCUGAGACGGAGAAGAUGAAGGAGAGCUCGGACAACGAGGACGACGACGAGUACAACAAACCACUGGACCCAAAUUCAGACGACGAGAAAAUCACGAGACUGUUGAAAAAGCACAAGGCCACCAACCUGGCGCUGAUCAGCCCCUGCAGUAACAGCUCGGACACCUUGUGA